AUGGAUGGCAGCAGAGAAUACACAGUGAAGCAAGGCUACAAUUGGCUCAGGGGAGAUCAAGACACUGUAAGGUGGAAGCAUUGGGUCUGGAAUCCAAUCAAUAUCCCUAAACACUCAUUUAUAGCAUGGCUAGCUAUGCUGGGCAGGCUUAGAACAAGAGAAAAGCUGCAGCAAGCUGGAAUCUGUCAAGAUGCUUCAUGCCUCCUAUGUCAGCAGGGGCAAGACUCUUGUGCUCACUUAUUCUUUCAAUGCCAUUUCAGUCAAGAAGUAUGCAAGGGCAUUAUGAAUUGGCUUCACUUGAGAAUGUCUGCUCAAGAAAGUAUUUACCAUCACUGGAGGAAGUGGAGGAGAAAGUUUAGAAGCAAAGUACAACAACAAGUAGCUUAUGCUUGUUUAGCUGCUACUGUGUAUCAUAUUUGGAGAGCUAGAAAUAAUGCUCUUUGGGAAGCUUCAGUCUGGAGACUUGUUGUAGUCGUCAAGAAAAUUCAACUUGAUAUAUGUAUUAGAGUGAAGAGUAAGCUUAGUCAUAACUGGAAGGACAGUGAUCAACUUUGGUUAGCUGAGCUAGCUAGAUAA